AACUUCAUCUUCAUGGGGGACUUCAAUGCUGGCUGUGGCUAUGUCGCCAAGAAGCACUGGAAGAAUAUCAGGCUAAGAAACCACACCGGAUUUGUUUGGCUUAUUAAUGACAAAAGCGACACCACUGUGAGAGCCAGCACCCAUUGCCCAUAUGACAGGAUUGUGCUCCAUGGAGAGAUGCUCAUAAGGGCCACUUUGCCAGACUCAGCAAACAUCUUUGAUUUCCAGAGAGCCUUUUCAAUGACUGAAGAGCAGGCUUUAGCAGUGAGUGAUCACUUUCCCAUAGAAUUUCAGCUGAAAGCCACCAGACAUUCCUCAAGAUCAAGAAUAAAGAAUUGUGGACUCCUUUUGUGA